AUGGUAUCAGACGACGCGUUCGAUCCGCGCCGUGCUUCCGCCUCUUCUGCCGCCGCCGUGCCGCCUCCGUCAACCCUGGCGACGGAAUCACCUUUCAUGGCCUCCACGCCGCUCGCCUGGGCCCGUCCGGCUGCAUCGGGCUCGCGUCCACCAGCGCCCCGACCGCCCGCGAUGCAUCCAUCGCUCGCCCAUAAUGCAUCUCUAGCGCCGAACUCCUACAGCGCCUCUGCACAGCUGCCACGUGAUGGACUGAUCUCCUGUGUGCAGCCCCGUGAUGGAUUGAUCUCCUGUGUGCAGCCCCGUCAUGGAUUGAUCUCCCGUGAUGUGUCCCUGCCGCAACACUUCUACAACACCUCUGCGUCGCUGCCCUACGGCGGGACUCCGUCUCGUGAUAUGCCGCCGGCUUCAGGCUCCCAUGGUGCCCCCGUCCAGGUGCCCUACGGGGGGCCGUAUCCCGCGCCAUACGUCGCGCCAUCGCCGGCGCAGUAUGCUCCGUCCUCCGCAGUGCCCUACGAGGCGUCGUAUGGCGCGCCCUACGCCGCUCCUGCACCGUACGUCGCGCCGCCCCUGCAGCCCUACGUGCCGCACGUCGCGUCGCUGCAGCCCUACGGUGUACCUCCUACGGCGCCCUACGGUCAUCACCAACACUACCGUCCGUCUCCGUCGGCCGAUGCGCUGAUUCCGUACAGUGCUCCUCCGACGUACGACUCGCGGCUCUCCGCAUCGGCGGCUGAACCAGGACCUUUUCACUUCGCUCGCCUGGUGACGGUGAAGCUCUCUGCUGACAUCUACCUCCUGUGGCGCGCUCAGGUGUUGCCGCUGAUGCGUAGUCACUACCUUGAGGGGUAUGUCGAUGGUACGCUGCCGUGUCCCCCGGCCAUGGUUCCGGUGCCCUCGGCCGCUGGUGGCUCCGUCAUGGUGUCCAACCCUGCUCAUCGUCGGUGGAUCGCUCAGGAUCAAGCUAUUCUGGGUGCCAUUCAGUCCUCGCUCACACCCUCCGUGGCCCGCAUGGUGGUCUGUGCCGCGACGUCGAGGGAUGCAUGGGCCACGCUCGACUCCAGCUUUUCCUCGCAGUCGCUGGCCCGUUCCUCUGCCAUUCGUAACCAGCUGGGUGAGGUCAAGAAAAAUGACCUCUCCGUCACGGCCUUCUUCAACAAGGUCAAAAGUUUGGCUGAUACACUGUCGUCUAUUGGGAAGCCUCUUCGUGAUGAGGAGUUUACUUCGUUCAUUCUCAAUGGGCUUGAUGACGACUACGAUUCUCUCGUUGAAAACAUUAAUGGACGUGACACACCGAUGCCGCCUCGCGAUCGCUAUGCACGCCUUCUCAACACCGAACAGAGGCUCGCUGCUCGCCGCUCCGUUGGCGUCUACACGGAGGGCCCUUCUGCGAACGCUGCUCUCCGCGGGGGCGCCCGCGGUGCCAAGCAGAAGGAGCCGCCGACCUCAGGCAACCAACCCCGUCCGCCCGCUCCACCUCCGACGGCUGGCCGCAAGCGGCUCCACUGCGAGGGCAAUGAGAAGCAAGCUGCUCUCGCUACACCGGAUCCCGGGUUCACUCCUUCAUACUCGGUGGAUCCUGCCUGGUACAUGGAUACGGGCGCUACGGACCAUUUGACGAGUCAGCUUGACAAGCUGGCCACUCGCCAGCCCUACACCGGUCACGAUCAGGUCCGCACGGCCAAUGGAUCAGGGACUGGACGAGGCGCUCGACUUGAGCUUCUGGAUGAUGAUAUGGCCACAACUGCGCCAGUUGCUGCUACGCCGGAUGAGGCGCUCGACGAGGCUGCCCCCGCCACUACCCCGCUUGACCCCGACGUCGAUCACGCGUGCAUGCCCCAUGCACAAGGAUCCGACGGGGUGACCAAGUCGCCGGGGCCAGCGGCCUCGCUGUCGCCUGGGCCGGCCGAACCUGCGGAGCUGUCGGCCGGGCCGGCUGGACCCGCGGGGCUCUCCCCUGAGCCGGAGGCCUCGCAGGUCACCGAGUCUUCGUCGCCUGGUCCAUCGACGCCAAUCACGCCCGGUCUGUCUUCGCCGACCCUGACCAUGCCACCGGAUGCGCCUGUUGACUCGCCCGCCGGUGCGUCCUCCUCGCCACUGAUGGAUAAUGGCUCCUCUGGUAUGGCAGCUCCAGCGCCACCUCCGCCUGUCGUCCUGCGUCCCCAUACUCGCAGCAAAAGUGGCAUCUUCCAACCGAAGAAGCGCACUGACGGCACUGUCGCGUGGCUUGCGGCCUGUGUGGCACAUGCUGAGGCUGACCCUACGACUGAACCAUGA